AAUCUCAUACAAGAACAGAGAAUAGCCCGCAAGGCGCUGAGCCUAAAUGGGGGAAGCCAUAGCUCUUGGCUUGGCUGAAGGCCGGCGCACAUGCGCGAGGCUGCCCUAGAGGGGCGGGGAUAACUCUUGCCAGUCUUUGCUCUCGGCUUCAGGCUCCGCCCGCCCUGGUCGUUUCCAGGGCUGCUAUUGGAGGAACUGGGACCCGUGGAAGACCUCGCAGGACCGGCUGGGCCCGCCCAGGGGGACGGCGGCGACUGGCUGGCUCUCUCUGCCGGAGAGCGUGGAUUGGCCAGGCCCGGGAGCAGGGGGAGGGACUGGCGGUCCAGAAGCGGCGGCCGGAGGCUACGGGGCCGGCGUGAGGCGGCUGAGCUGGGCUGAGAGUCCCGGGAGGGCGCGACGAGAUGGAGGUGACCGGGGUCUCAGCGCCCACGGUGACCGUUUUCAUCAGCAGCACCCUCAACAGCUUUCGCUCUGAGAAGCGGUACAGUCGCAGCCUCACCAUCGCUGAGCUCAAGUGUAAACUGGAGCUGGUGGUGGGCAGCCCCGCAUCAUGCAUGGAACUGGAGCUCUAUGGAGCUGACGACAAAUUCUACAGCAAGCUGGACCAGGAAGACGCACUCCUGGGGUCGUACCCUGUGGACGAUGGCUGCCGCAUCCACGUCAUUGACCACAGCGGUGCCCGCCUUGGGGAGUAUGAGGACGUGUCCAGAGUGGAGAAAUACAAGAUAUCACAGGAAGCCUAUGACCAGAGACAAGACUCCGUUCGCUCCUUCCUGAAGCGCAGCAAGCUUGGCCGGUACAAUGAAGAGGAGCGGGCACAGCAGGAGGCCGGGGCUGCCCAGCGCCUCGCCGAGGAGAGGACCCAGGCUGCCGCCAUCACUGUGGGGAGCCGCUGUGAGGUGCGGGCAUCCGGGCAGCCCUGUCGCCGGGGCACCGUCAUGUAUGUAGGACUCACAGAUUUCAAGCCUGGCUACUGGAUUGGUGUCCGUUAUGAUGAGCCGCUUGGGAAAAACGAUGGCAGCGUGAACGGGAAACGCUACUUCGAAUGCCAGGCCAAGUACGGCGCCUUCGUCAAGCCGUCGGUUGUGGUGAUGGGGGAAUUCCCUGAGGAGGACUACGGCUUGGAUGAGAUGUGACACCGCAGGAAGGGUACCUCUCUGCUCCAGCUUCUGACUGGCACCGUCAUUCCUCCUCCAUGUGCAUGUCAAGGGCCCUCUUUCCCUGAUCCUAUUUUUAUUUUAUUUUCCUUUGCUAUUGGCUACUGAGACACGUGCAUUAAAUUCGUGGAAAACUUGG